GCGUACUCUACGCGAUGAUGCUGUGCUACACAACCUCACCACGAUAGAAAGCGUUUUCCGACUUAUCAUACGCACGACUACCGCAUCCGAACACAGUGCUUUAAUAUCGCGAACCAACGUGGAAUUAUUAUUAUUUUACAUAGAAAAACGUGUGAAUUCCAUAAUAUCAUAUUGAAGUCACGUCGUCCGUACGCUAUGUAUACGUAUAUAAUAUAUAUAUAUAUGUGUAUCAGCAAUUAAUUGCCAAUUAAUUCACGUGUGAUUUAUGUGUACAUUGAUGUGCAUGGUACAGGAGACAAUCGAACCACUAAUAUUUAAUCGAAAUGCGUUCGGUUGCACUGACAGUAUGGUUUUUCUUAAACGUCGUACUUUUGGGAAUGUGCGGAUACAUUUAUCUACUUUGGCUACAAUAUUGGCGUCACAUAAGCAUCAGAAACCAACCAACUCAAGAAUUGACCUACACACAACAGCAGCCUUACGUCGAGUAUUAUGACGAAGGCGAUCUCACAACCACUCAUCAGAAAAAUGGAAAUCCAUUAAUGCGGAUUAGUGAAGCUCUUCUAGACAAGACGGAAAAAAUCAGGUUAUUUAAUUUCAAAAAUAAAAUUAUUGCUCGUCUAAGGCAAGUAAUAAUGAAGGAGAGUAGCAAUUAUGGCUCCGUUAAAAAUGAGAACCCUUACAAUGUUCCAUAUAGACCGCAAGCAACGAAUAACGUAAAAAGUGACUGGACGUGCAAUAUGGCUUCUAGAGUGGAGAACUUUAGAACAUUAGAAAAAAAUGACAUUGAUCAUUUUUUGACCAAAAAUAUUCCGGAUGUGCCGCUAUUCGAUGAUAACGAAGUAUUCGGCACUUGUGCAAUCAUAUCCAAUGCGGCUACACUUCGAAAUUCAAAUCUCGGAUACUUUAUAGACCAACAUGACUUGGUGUUACGGUUCAAUAACGCUCCAACAAAAGGAUAUGAAAAAGAUGUUGGCUCAAAGACAACAAUACGUAUUUUAAACUCACAAGUUGUCACUAAACCACAAUUUCAAUUUGUAUCAUCACCAUUAUACAAGCGGCUCAAACUUUUGAUGUGGGAUCCAUCAAAUUACACAUCGUCAAUUAAUGAAUGGAUUAAGAACCCCGAACAUAACUUUAUAAACAACUACAUAUUGUUUAGAAAAUCUAAUCCGAGGUCAAACUUUCAUAUUGUUCAUCCUCAAUAUUUGUGGCGUCUGUGGGAUUACAUACAAGAUCAUACUACAGCUCAUAUAAGACGCAAUCCUCCAUCUUCGGGAUUUUUAGGAUUAGCAAUGCUGUUGCCGCGGUGCACGGUCGUUAACAUGUUCGAGUUCAUACCGUCUGAAAGAAUGACACACCGAUGUCAUUACUAUCACGAAAAAGUCGACGUGACGUGCACAUUUGGGAUUUGGCAUCCGCUGGCGGCCGAAAAACUCCUGAUGCUAACGGCGAACACAAUGCCCGAUCAAACGGUGUUUCACACAGGGUUCCUCUCCAUCCCCGGCUAUAAAUCUCCGAUAUGCACUUCGUUAUAGUGACUUGACUUCGAUAAUAAUUAUUACGCACUACUGUUUUUAUGAUCAUUUUAUAUUGUUUUUUUUUUUACAUACGAGUAUAAAGCCGUAUAGGUACACGUGGUACGCCAUUGCCAUGCAUUAUAAUAACCACAACACGCAUAAUUAUCAUUACGUAACGGAGAUGUACUGUACUGUCUUAAUUUAGUGCAUAUAAUAUCGUCCGUAUAUUAGAGAGCAUUCAUGUUUUGUUAAUAUGAUUGGUGUAAUGACGUGCAAUAUCAUUAACUGAUCAACUUCGAACUUUAUUAUCUCUGAACAAUAUUUAUUAGUAGAUUAGGUAAAUAAUACAACACGAAGUCUGAUAUUGUAAAUUUUUAUUAUAAUUAUUAUUAUAAUUGUAAAGAAACGAAAUAUUACUUAUAGUUUGUAUAGGAAUAUUAUUAUAUACCUGUACCUUAUAUGCCAUAUGGUACAUGAACGUGGCAACAACAUUUUUUUUUUUUAUAUUUUGUUCGGUGUUCACAUUAUUAUAACAUUAAUGAUGAUUAAAUCCGUUUU